AUGGGGUUCAAAUUCACUCAUUUGUGCGAUCUACUCUCCACUCUCGAGGACAACAGAAUCUUGAAGGCGACACAUGAAGCGCGAGCAUUCAAUCCUGAUCAUGGGAAACAGAUACGUGGCCCUGACACUGAUCUUCUGGCCCUGUUGUCCUGCAUGUUUCCCGAGAAGAGGCCAGACAGGGUCUACUGGCUGCAAGAAACCUCGCUGGCGAGGAUUAUAGCGCGAUGCUUACUUCUCGGGUCCUCCAGACGGGCAGAGCUCGAGCGUUGGCGCGUGUCCAGCGGACUCGACCUCGGCCAAUGUGUCGAAAAUGUGAUGCGGCAAGCCGAGAACGAUCUCGACCCGGGUCGAGAGGUAACGGUCGAGGAGAUUGACUCUGCAUUGAACAGUAUUGCUGCCCGUUGCAGAUUCUCCGGUCCUCGAGUGCGAAAGCAGCACACCGCGGUUGACGUCGAGAAGGCCCUAGGCUCUCUCUUCAAGCGACUCAGGAGCAGGGAUGCAAAGUGGUUAACGCGCAUGAUACUCAAGGGGUAUUACCCUGUUGUAUUUCCUUUGCCUUUGACGUUGCGGAGCUUCCACUUUCUCCUUCAGCCUCUCCUUCUCUUCCAAGACACAUUCGAGGGUGCGCUCAGUAUGCUCCGCUCCGACCCCAUCAGCCAUUUCCCGCCACACCCGGACCCUGGAUUGGCCAAGGACCUGGCUUAUCUGGCCUUGCAACAUCUCAAUCCUAUAGUUGGGGUCAAGAUCGGUCGACCGGAGUACCACAAGGCCCGGAGCAUCAAGCACUGCUGUCGCAUGGUCAAUCGCCGUCGAAUGAGUAUUGAAAGGAAGUACGAUGGUGAAUACUGUCAAGUACAUAUUGACCUCACGUUGGGCCCUAGUUCCAUACAAAUAUUCUCUAAAAGCGGUAAAGAUUCUACUGUCGACAGGAUAGGUAUCCACCAGGUCAUCAAAGACUCCUUGAAAUUAGGAGCGCCUGGGUGCAAGGUCUCCCAAAGGUGCAUUCUUGAAGGCGAAUUACUUGUCUGGAGUGACAAAGACAACAAGAUCAUGGACUUUCAUAAGCUGCGUAAAUUUAUAUCUCGGUCUGGUACCUUCUUUGGUACUGAAAGCGAUUCCCCACCGCAACCCCAUGAACAUCUGAUGAUGGUCUUCUUCGACAUUCUGCUUCUCGAUGAUAAUAUAUGCUUAAGGCGGCCGCAUCGGGAACGACGUCUACUUCUCAAAGACAUCAUACACGCUGUCCCCGGGCGUGCAGAUAUUGCUGAGCAACAAAUAGUGGAUUUCUCGCGACAUGACGGCCAGGCCCGACUGGAGAGCAUCUUCUCCAGGGGAAUUGCACAGCGGUGGGAGGGCUUUGUACUCAAAGGAUGCGAGGACCCCUACUUUACCAUCUUCUCAGGCCAGGAGAAUAACACGUUCGGCCGCUGGAUCAAGCUCAAGAAGGAUUAUAUACCGGGGCUGGGUGAUACGGUUGACCUCGCAAUCAUUGGCGCGAGAUAUAAUCCGCAAGAUGCGACAGCCCUACACCAAGUCAGAAAGCUGCUAUGGACGGAGUUCUACGUCGGCUGUCUCACCAACAAAGAUGCAGUUGCGCAGUUCAACGUCUCUCCUAAGUUUAAGGUUGUGGAUGUGCUUGACCGCAAUGGCAUGAGUUUGAAGAACAUGCAGGUUCUCAAUCAGUUCGGCGAGUUUCAUGCCUGCAACGCCGAAUCUGACCACAGGUUCUCACUUCAUUAUGGAACCAAUGUCGCCUCCAGAAUGGAGGUUGUGUUCAAGACUCCCUUCAUUGUCGAGAUACUCGGUAGUGGGUUUGAGAAACCAUCCAACGCUGGAUAUUUCGCACUUCGCUUUCCGAGAAUCACCAAGAUACACUGGGAUAGGGCUAUCGAGGAUGCGGCAUCAUAUGCUGAGCUGCAACAACUGGCCGAAGACGCUCGAGCUGUUCCCACGGAUGACAUGGGCAAAGAGCGAAGCGAGUGGUCCAAGCGCGUGAAAUUUGGAACUGGAUCAGCACAUCAUGUCUCAAAUGAACGAUCUGGAAGCAUUUCUUCCAGUCAAUGCUCUACAUUGAGCGACCCACCGGAUAUACCAUCGCCUGCUCCCAAACCCUUAGAAAGAUCGACCACGCUGCUCACGUCGCCAAAUGUUCCGAUUUAUGGACCUGUGGAUAGGGCUCCAUCAGCUGAAAACAAAGCUGGUCGACAGAAUUCUUCGACCAAUAAUGAGAACCCGUCGGCUCAUACCUCCCGCCAGCGAGGAUAUGCAAACCGCAACCCUGAUUCUGAACACGCAGACAAGUCAAUUCCUCGGCCUCGAGAGCCUGGUCAGGUCAGCACCCUAGACAGUACCGAGGUUUUAAGGACCGGACGAUGCAGCAGCCUACCUUCACCUUCACCACCGCAGAUAUCUAGCUUCACCAAUAUAGCUGAUAAUUGUCCUCACAAACCAAAUCCACCUCUCGCAACUCUACUCCUGAAUAUCCCCAUAUAUAUAACUCCAACGUGCAGCAACCACACAGCCCCCCAGCAGCCCCAUCCGCAGCACCACACCCAACCCCUUGCCAAUCUCCUGGAUAUUCUGCUGACACACACGCCAAAGACGACAACACCAUUUCCACGCCUCGGACUCGUCAUCCUGACUAGCAACGAAUCCUCCCUCGGCCACCUCCUCUUCGACCUCAGCAAACGCAUCACGCGCGCCCUGCAAACCAGAAGCAUAACCCACCUUCCAACCGGCAAAAUCUUCGUCCUAGACCGAAGCUUCCUGAAUCUCAACAUCAGCCCCGACGAUGCCAGGCUCGGCCUCCGUCACACCUGGGAGUCAAUCGGGAGACGGUACUUCUAUGCGUGCGUGAAGUGGGAUCUCGGCGGGACGGGGGAGCAUAUAAUUCGAGACACAUUACAAACCGAGAUUCCAUAA